CUGUACCGAGUGUUCGAUCGAUCGGAAGCUUUGAGACGAGCAACGUUUAUUCCUCGGUUAAAGGUUUUUUUUGGGGGCUGUCUACCCCCCCCCACACCCUCCUCCUCCCGUGGAACCUGCCGUUAACCGCCGAAGGAACUCGCGUCGCGUGAAAUAAUUCCAGGCGCAAGAUUUUUUUAUCGAAGAGCCCCAACCGCCACAAAAGUUGACAAGACAAGACUAGCUAGCUCACGCGCUAACUAGCUCGCGGUACUGUUGGUCGGAGCACGAGCCCCGUCUUUUCGCAAAGACAGCUUCUUUUCUUCUUCUUCGUCUUCUGCUUUUUUGUCCCCGCAAACCCCACUUCGGAAACCGAAGACUAUCCCGCGGCGAGGGGGUGAGAGCGGAGAGCCGGUUGCCUCCUUGCUAGCUAGCUAACUAGCUAACACCCUGCGCAGCAUUCAAGGCCUCAAGUCUGCCAUCUGCCGCCUGAGUCUUUGCGUCGCCGUGCAGCGAGAGGCGACAGCUUACUUGGUGACACAGACUUCUCCCUGAGGAGCCAAGAAGCAGACGGCUCAUGACUUCUGACCAGGACACGAAAGUUGUAGCUGAACCACAGGUGCAGCAAGUACAAGAGGCAAAGGAGAACUCUCAUUUGGAAUCCGCCAAGGUUUCGGACCUCAACCCCAAUGCGAAAGCAUGGGCCAACCACAUGUUUAGCCUGGACCCCAGCGGGAGUGCUGACGCCACAACUGCUGCACUGCAGCCAUGGAAGGAGGGCUGCAAUAGUUCAGCCGACCCCGGCCCAGAAGGCUAUGAAGCCAGCGAGGACAAGGCUUUCAAGGAGCCCAUACUAGCCGAACCAGAUGAGCCUCCACCGGCGCCAGUGAUGCUGGCCGAGCCGGCCCCCGUGGCCUCCGUCACCCUGGAGUGCGCCGAGCCGGCCUACACGGAGUACCCCGAGCCGGGGCAACCAGGGCGCACAGGCAGCGAUCCCCAGCAAGAGAGUCCCCAGGAGGGUCUGAGGGAGCACCUGAAGAAGACUUUGGAGUUCUGUCUUUCCCGGGAGAACCUGGCCAGUGACAUGUACCUCAUCUCCCAGAUGGACAGCGACCAGUAUGUGCCAAUUGUGACGGUGGCCAACCUGGACCACGUCAAGAAGCUCAGCACUGACGUGGAGAUGAUCGUGGACAUUUUACGAUCUCUGCCGUUGGUCCAAGUGGAUGAGAAGGGGGAGAAGGUGCGGCCCAAUCAGAACCGCUGCAUCGUGAUCCUCAGAGAGGUUCCCGAGAGCACGCCCAUAGAGGAGGUCGAGGCUCUUUUUAAAGGGGACAACUUACCCAAGUUCAUCAACUGUGAAUUUGCCUACAACGACAACUGGUUCAUCACCUUUGAAUCGGAAGCAGACGCACAGCAGGCAUAUCAGUAUCUCCGCGAGGAGGUCAAGACCUUCCAAGGGAAGCCUAUCAAGGCGAGGAUAAAGGCGAAGGCGAUCGCUAUCAACACUUUCAUGCCAAAGAACGGUUACCGGCCGGUGGAGGUGAACCCGUACGCCCAGCAGCAACAGCAGCAGCAGCAGCAGCGCUACACGUCCUACUACAUCCCGCCGGUUUACAGCCCCCAGCAGCAGUUCCCCUUGUACAGCCUCAUCACGCCGCAGGCCUGGUCGGCCACACACAGCUUCAUCGACCCCACGCUGGUUGCACCAUUUCACAACAACCAGUUCAUCAAUGGAUUCACCACAUCACACAGUUUCAAACCAGCGACGUCCCCCCUCACCGUCAGACACUACUCGCCCAGGAACAGGAAUCACAGUAAACCCCACCUGAGGCCGACCAUCUCCACAGUGGACCGCAGCGCGGGGCUCCUGGACAACCCGGGCCUCUUUCCCAGCUUCCCCAGCGAGAGGCUCAACGGGGUUCGCAGCAGCCCGCCAACGCGACUCCCCACCAGCCAGCCCAGAACCCGGUUACCCUCCACCGCGGCCUUCCCCCGCAGGGACACAGUGGGCACGGGGCGAGUGACCGAGCCCACGACCCCGGACUACUCCCUGGGUCUCGGCCGAGGAAGGAAAAAUGUUUCUGCUUCUAGGAAAAAGAGGGACGAAAAGUUUACAAGAGUGACGCCUCAGUCGCCUCCUCCUCCCCCCAAACCCCCGUCUCCGAGCUUCGAGCUGGGCCUCUCCAGCUUCCCCCCCUUGCCCGGAGCGGCCGGCCAGCUCAAGACGACCGACGACGUGUUCGAGAACCGGCUGGCCAGCAGCGUCGUGGUCGGAAACGCCAAGGAACGGACUGUAAGUGCCGAUUCCAGUACCGGAGGAGCGCUUUCUCCAGCGGGCCCCAAAGAGCCACUUCGGUCCUCCUCCUCCCCGAUGCCCACGAGCUUCCAGCCCAAGCCGACCACCACGCCGGCCCCGGCCCCGACCUUGACCCUGGCCGCCGGCACGCCGCACAGUCCCGCCCCCUCCCUCCCAGCAGCGGAGGUGAAGGUGACGGAGGUGAAGCCGAAGGAGGUGCAGCUGUCUGUGGAGCGAGUCCCCGGCACUCUGUCCACUGCAAGCAAAUCAGUGCAAGUCAACGGCGCUGCCACAGAGCUGAGGAAGCCCUCUUACGCCGAGAUCUGCCAGCGGGUGAAGGACUUCCCGACGUCACAGCAACCGCCGACCCCGAAGGACGCAAAGCCAGCCUGCGCUGCCUCCGCGGGCGAGGAUAGGAAGUGCCCCGACGCCGUCCCCCCAACGGGAGAGUCCAAGGCCAGAGAGACAUACCCCGCCUCCUCCAAACCCGGCUCCGCGGCCGUCAGACCGCCGAGGGAGGCUCGGAGGCCGGCUGGGCGGUGGGCCUCCCCGCCCCCACACCCAGGGAAGACCCCCAGCAAAGAUCCCCACCACACCCCGCCCAAGUCCCCGCAGUAGGGCCGAAUUCCUCCAACCCUCCUCCUGCCCCCCACUACGCUCCACAGAUGCGUUUUAAAUCCAACAAAAAGGAAAUAUAAGUCAGGGCUACUCAAUACUUAUAUCCCCAAAUCACCCGUCACAAACAAGAAUAAAGGACGCCUUCUUUUCUGAAUCAGGGCUUGCAGACAAAAAGCACUUUGCUGUGCAUGUAGAGCACCGUUGCAUUCUUUUUAUCCUUAUUUAUUUUCUUUUUCUUUUUUCUGUUUGAUUUCUCCUUUCUUUCCGCUUUUUUUUUUUUUUUGUUGCAUUGCUUAGUUGUGUCGGCCUGCAAGUUGGAACAGACGACACUGAAAUUGAUUAAUUCUGUUCGAAUGGCCUUGUGCGAUUUUAGAUUAGUCAAUGGGGCAUUGUUGGAAGCCCCC